GUAUGGUUUUACUUCCGAAGGUGGAACUGUUCAGUACGUAUCGUUGUUUUCACACGGACCAGUGUAAUUCCCAGACAUGGCAUCCUGCACGCGGACAGUGUGGAAAGUUUUAGCAGGAUGUCAGAGGCAGCUGCUGAGAGCCGGCGGUCCUGUCUACACAGGCGUUUCUCGGACUGCACCGAGGAAUCUACCCGUCAGGACUUUUGCAGCUGUCAAGCCACAAAUGAAAAACAAAAAACAGGAAAAAGAGAAGAAGGUGACGAAAGAAAAGAUAUUAAUCGAUGACAAAGACAGACAUAAGCCCUUCGGCAAGACGGCGUGGGCGCCUGUGGAUGACGUGUACGUUAUGAGGUUCUACCCGCGGACGCUCUAUGACGCAGCAGACGCCAUCGACAUGCUGAAGAACUUUCAGACGUUGGACUUCACUCCCCACAAGCAGCCAGUUUACAUUGAUUUGAAGUUAGACAUGAAACUGGGGAAAAAGAAAACAGUCGACGCCUUCGUCAGCAGGGUGCAAUUACCGCACCCCUUCAAGACGGACCUCAACAAAGUUUUAGUUUUUACUUCGGAUGCGAAUGAAACUAAAGUCGCCCUGGAGAACGGAGCUGUGCUGGCUGGAGGAGUAGAGCUUAUACAGCAGAUCUUAGAUGACGAGAUUUCGGCAGAGUUCUACAUAGCGGUGCCAAAAAUACUGCAGCAGCUUUUACCGCUGAAAAGCAAACUGAGGAAGAAGUUUCCAAAGAGCAACAGAGGCUCAGUCGGCAUCCACAUUCCCAAGAUGUUGGAGUUGUUUAAAACGAGUCAUGAGUUCGUGGUGGAGAGCAACUGCUACAUCAGGACGCAGAUAGCAACACUCGACAUGACCAAAGAACAAAUCUUAGCUAACCUGCAAACUGUUCUGGUUGAAGUUUGUUCCCGACGACCAGCUAGUGCGGUACCUUUCAUCGAGCGGGCGAUCAUCGCCAGUCACACCAGUGAAUCUCUGUGGUUCAAGAGCGAAGACGUUUUACCAAACCCAGUCAAGGUGUCGGAGGGAUGAUCUGUUCUCAGAAUAUAUAUGUGUGUAUAUAUAUUCACUGUAUUGAAUAAAGUAUGUGUUCCAUGUGG